CCGGAAGUGGUGCGCGUUUGGUGCGUUGUCAAUUACAUCAGGGAGCUGAGGGAGGAGGCUGGGCUGGAUGUAGCGAGCCAGCCGCAGGAAGCCAGCACCCUCCCAUCCAGGGACAGCGACCAGUGCGUCCUCUCCCUCUCCUACCCAGCAACAACAUCAGGAGCCUGACCACCUCCGUCCUCGGCCAAUCCAUGCCUGCUUCUGAAGAACCCCGAGGCUGAGUCUGUACCAGUUAUAAGGUAGGCUUAAAGAUGCGCCAAUGCUUAAUUUUAAUUUGCCGUUUGCCCGGAAAAUCGUCAAUAAUUCAGUUUCAUGCAAAACAAAAUUGGACAGCGGUUUAAAUAUUCCAUGUCUGUUUUGUUUGCAUUUGGUCGAAUAACGCCCUGUGUUUUGCAUUUGACAUGUUGCACCUGAACAAUCUGCUGGAGGGGGAAUGGAAAGGAGAAAUGAGCGAUCUAGCUGAGGAAUCCAUGAGCGAUCCGACUGGUCACUUCAAGAAGCUGGCGGUCCGAGCUGUCGAUCACCCCGUGUCUCUGUAUCACUCCCUGCCGGAGAUAAAGCUGUCUCCUCUUGUGAGGAAACUCUUGCUGAUCUCUGUUGUGGGCGCUGCUUCGCUCGCUAUUUUGGCUCACCAGUUAAAACGAAAGCGUGGGAAGAAGAAACAGGAGGAGGAGACAGAGAAAGAACAGUUGCCAUGGGAGCAAGAGCUUUUCAUACCUGAAUUUUCCAGGACGGCAGCAUCAGAGAAAGGUUCGAGUUGUGCCAGUAGUCGACAGAACCUGAGCCUCUCCUUGCAGUCAAAGGGAUCACACUCGCUCAACAUGUACGCAUCUGCCGGACUGCUCAGUAAAUACUCUGGCUCAGUGCAGAGCCUGGCCUCAGCUCGGAGUGCACACUCCUCCCACAGCUGCGUGUGUGCCGCCACUAACCUGUGGGACAAGGUUGCUGAAGACAGUGAAGUUAACCUGGUCAGUGUGCCAGUGACUACCCCUGAAAACCUGUACCUGAUGGGGAUGGAGCUGUUUGAGGAAGCUCUUCAGCGAUGGGAGCAAGCGUUGUCUUUCCGCAGCAGGCAGGUGGAGGAUGAGGCAAACUGCACCGCUGUUAAGCUGGGGGCAGGAGAUGCAAUAGCAGAGGAAACAGUAGAGGACAUAAUCAGUGCAGAGUUUAUCCACAAACUGGAGUGUUUACUUCAGAGGGCUUACCGUCUACAGGAAGAGUUUGAAGCCACUCUGGGUACACAUGACCCAAUUUCUCUAGCGAAUGAUAUUGACAGGGAGACGGACAUCACAGUGAGAGACCCUGAAGAGUUCUGCCUGAGAGACACAACCAGUAUUGCAUCGACAGACUCCUUUGUGUCGGCAGCUGAGCUUACAGAGCACCGAGACAACCGAGGCAGUACCUAUGGUCUCGGGUCGUGGUGUCAUCUGCCGCUCUAUGAAGAAGCAAUGAACUUGGCAGAGGAUGGAAGAGUAUUUUGCAGGGUGUUAAGGACCGAGUUGCUGGAAUGUGUUGGGGACAUUGAUUUUCUGGCCAAGGUACACUGUGUGCGUCAAGCUUUUCAGGUAAUUCUUUCUGAAGUAACGAAUCAAAAGUUUUUCGCUGAAGUGGGAAGGAAAGUUCUGUCAGCGAUUAUGACAAAAGCACAUAAGAAUCCGAAAAGGUUUGAAGCAGUCUAUGAAGAGAUGAUGUUUUUUCUGCAGCAAGCUGAUCACUGGGAGAUGACCCAGCGAGAGCUAGCAGCUCGAGGGGUUAAACACAUUAAUUUUUAUGAUGUUUUCCUGGACUUCAUACUGAUGGAUUCCUUCGAAGAUCUGGAUAAUCCACCUACUUCAAUACAGAAUGUGGUCAGCAAUCGAUGGCUCAACAAUUCCUUCAAGGAAACUGCUGUGGCUUCAAGUUGUUGGUCUUUCCUGAAAAGCAAGAGACAGCAGAUAAAGGUGCCCAAUGGCUUCAUUGCUCAUUUCUACGCCGUCUGUGAGCACAUCAGUCCAAUACUGGCCUGGGGAUUCUUAGGGCCCAGAGACUCCCUCUACGAUUUGUGCUGCUUCUUCAAGGAACAAGUUCUUUUCUUCAUGAAGGACAUCUUUGACUUUGAGAAGGUGAGGUACACCAGCACCGAGUGUCUUGCUGAGGACAUCUUACACUUGAUACAGCGUCGCACUGAGCUCUUGAUGGCUUAUCUUGGAACAGACAGCCUGAGGCACCUGAAUGGGUAUGUUGGACUCCCCCUACCCAAUGGAUGCUUGGAAGCACAAGCACAGUAAACCAAGACUUUGAACUCUGUGUGAGGGUUAUCAUGAGCACAUAUAACAUAAGGCUGUCUGUAAAACCUCACAGGCUCCCUAAACCAUGACACUUGAACCAUUCCAUUAUAUUUCUUCCUCACUACUUUCGUCCCCGUUUGAGUUUUUUUGGUCCUUACAUUUGCAAAGGCCUGUCCUGUUGAUUCAAGCCCCAUUACAGAAGCAUGGACACCAGCUGCUGGCUGCUAUUUCAGUGCAGCACAGAGCUGCGCUGUUGGAGGGGUUGUCUUCUGAAUGGGGGAUUAAACUGACACAACAAAAGUUUGAAGAAGGACAAGGGAAUUCUCUCCAGUGUCCUACCAAAUAUUUAUCCAAGAGAUAAUCGAGCGUUAUUAAUCUCAAUGCUCCUCUGUACGAAUGGGGUGCAGCAUUUUCCCCAUUACAUUUCUGAAGUGCUUUAUUGACAGUAAGUGAUUUGCAAUGCCCUGGGGGUGUAAAAGCAGCUUCAUAAAUAUAAUACCCUACUUUUUUUUCUGCUAGAUGACUCCUGAAUCAGGAUUUAGUACCAGUGUUGUGAAUGUUUGAUGUGAAUUUUGAUUAUUGGAGUCACAAGGCUCUGUGCAACUCAAGGAUAGAAAGUUUAUCACCCCAAGCACAUAGCAGCAGAUAUUGGGACAUAGCAUAUAUUGUCAUGUUCACUUGUUAGCCUUCGCACACCAGAGUUUCAAAGUACAAGACAGCGCUGGGACUUGGUUCUACCUCCUGACUGGAACCAGACAGAGCAAAAUUUGUUCUCAUCGUAUGACAGGGGGAGCCUUGAAGAAGCACCUAUCCUGGUGCAGUGAUGACAGAACAUGUUGCACGGUGCCUAUAAUUAUUGAUAGACUCAGGGAGGUUUCCAAAGGAAAGUAUCCAGGAUUUUCAUAAAGUCUCCACAUUGCUGAUGAUGAUGUACAGGCUGGUUGUCCAGUUGAAAAUUCCAGUUGCAAUUGUGAAUAUUUGGCAGAAGAAUACUCCAGUAACUGUGUUACCUACAAUAUACUUUGUGAAACCUUGAAUUGUCUGCUUUGUUCUUGUUCCUUUCUGGUUUUGAGCUUGACCAGUAGGAGUACUGUCAGGGUUUCCACCUUUAAUCUGUCUUAACACUAGACAUAUCCAUCCUGCUGUUAUUAGAAUUGGACAGGGGUCAAACAGAGGGUGGUACAGACCUAGGUCAAGGGGAUGGCAUACAAUCAGGGGGAAAAACUAUCUUAAGGUUGGAGCAGGAUGUCAGCAAAUAAAUGAACCACACUUGGGAUGGGAUCAGAGCAGGGGUUGACGGAAUAGGGUUGGGGCAGAAAAACUCAGAGAGGAGAUCAGAUAGAUCGAGGGAUGGGAGCAGAUUUGGCUAUGGAGGAAUGGGUUUGGGAUUGGCUACUACAUGGAGGCAGAUACCUUAGAUAUGAGGAAAAGGAAGGAAUAAUGUCAGCUAAGUGAGGUAGGCUAAUUUUAUUUAUUCAUUCACAGAAUGUGUGGUGUUACUGCCCAUGCCAGGAUUCAUUGCCCAUCCCUAAUUGCACAGAAGGUAGUUAAGUAUCAACCACAUUGCUGUGGGUCUGGAAUCACAUGUAGGUCAGACCAGCUUUCCCAAUAAUCAGGAGUAGUUUUGUGGCCAUCAUUAGACUAUUAAUUGCAGAUACUUAUUGAAUUCUAAUCCCAACUUCUGCUGUGGCAGGAUUUGAACCCAGGUCCCUAGAACAUUACCAGGACCUCUGGAUUAAUAGUCUAGCAAUAAUACCACAAGGCCAUCACUUCCCCUGGUAAUAUUAAGAGCAGGAUGGGGCACAGAAAGGUGAAUGAGAAGCGAUAAUAAUCGGGCAUGGAUUUGGCAGUAGCAGGGAUGGAAUUGUAUCUUUAAUUUUGAUGUUUGCUGAUGCCUCCCAGUCAGCAAGGAAAUAAGUGAGAAUGGUGAGGUUUUUUCCUCCUUGCAUACACUAGUCAAUGUAAUCUAUACAAUUCCUCUGUGCUCUUUAGCACUCGGGUUAACCCAUUUAGCCUAAACCUAUAGCGAUGCAUUUACAGGGAAGCUAGAUAAGCAUGUGAGGGAGAAGGGAAUAGAAUGUUGACAGGGGUAGAUGUGGUAAGGUGAGACAAGACUUGUUUAGAAUGUUGUCAGUAACACAGACCAGUUGGGCUGAAGGGCCUGUUUCUGCACUGUAUCUUCUCUGAAGUUUGUAAAGUUGCCAUAGUCUCACUGUCUCAUUAGAGAUAGAGAGAGAGAGAGAUUAGGUGGUGGUUUAUCCUGAGGAUCAACAUGCAUCAGGUGAACGGUGAGGAAGAGGAGUAUCCUUCAUUUGAUUUGGUUUGGUUUGAUUUAUUAUUGUCACGUGCUUAAGUACAGUGAAAAGUUUUGUUUUGAGUGCACUAUAGGCAGAUCAUAUUGUACAAAGAACAUGGGGAGAUUGAACAGGACAAGGAAUACAAAGUUACAGCUACAAAGAAGGUACACAAAAAGCAAAUCAACAUUAGAUUUGAAAUUUGAGAUGUCCAUUCAGAAGUCUAACAACAAUGGGGGAGAUGCUGUUCUUGAACCUGUUGGUGCGUGUGUUUAAGCUUUUGUAUCUUCUGCCUGACAGAAGAGAUUGGAAGAGAUUAUAGCUGGGGUGGGAGGGUCCUUUGAUUAUGUUGAUUGCCUUUCUGAGGUAGUGGGAAGUGUAGAUGGAGUCUGUGGAUGGAAGGUUGGCCUAUGUGAUGGUUCGGGUUGUGUUCAAAAUUUUCUGUAGUUUCUCAUGGUAACCUCAGCCAUUGUAGGAAUCAAACCCAUGCUAUUUGGUGUCCCUCUGAAUCAGAAAUCAGCUAACCAACCCUCCCGCUGUGAAGUUAAUGACAGUGUUAAAAUAGCAGAGACAGGAAUUCACAAAGAUCAUGGUAACUGUUUGGUUAUGUAUCAGUAGUAAAUGCUUGCUGUUGACUCUAACCACUCAAUUCUAACGGGGCAUGCAAUGCACAGGGGUUGAUUAUGACCAUCACUGUCUGGGCUGGUUGGUCCAUUGACACAGCAGAUUGGCUGCCUUUUGUAAAACCUGCCAGAUUUGCAUUGCACGAAUAACAGCAAGAUGGAAAUCAGGCAGAUCUAAGAGCAAGAAGACAACUCUCCAGAUCAGGGUGUCACAUGCCAGAAACAGUGACCAGCCCCUUUCCUUCAACCAUAUGGGUGGCAACCCUAGACUACUCACUUAUGUUAUUGAAUGACUGCUUAUCUGCUAAGUGUUCUCUGCUUUUCUAUGGUCCAUAAUGUGACUGUGUACAUAUGUCUGUACCUAUACCUCACUAUGUAUAAUUAUAUAGACAGACUGCUCAGCAGCACCUCAUCACAUUUCCCUAUUAGCACUAAAAGCACACACUAGAUAUUCACUUUCAAAAUGGUUACUUGAAUUUUCGAGUUGCCAGUGUGUCUCUGCCAUUGAAGUAUUCCUGUGAAUGUACUAUGAUAAUUCCUUAGAAAUACAUAUACCUGGCAUUUUAAGGCACUAAAACAGUUUAUGCAAGUUGCCUUACACUUUGUUGGUCAGUAACAGAGUCUUGCAAAAUGUCUGUAUUGUUGUCUGUUUGGUUUCUGAUACUCAGCAACUUAAAUCCUCACUAAUUCAAGGUCCUUGCUAUUUUACUGCUUUGUUAACAAGUACUACACAUUGACAAAUAUCUUCCGCAAGUAAAGCGCUUCAAAAACA